CACGGCGAGGAUAAAGCAAGAUGGCGUCUGACGGUGAAGACGUUAUUGCAGUCGUCACAGUUCAGUGUUCUUAAUCUGUGCGUCCAUGUACACAUAUAUGUCCUUUAUUACACUCUAUUAAAUAGAGUCAUAAUAACUGUUUGCAUCCGGUUAUAUUAGUCUGAGCGCACUUUGAUGCUUCUCCAGCUAGCUUAGCCUGCUAGUUAGCUUAGCUUGUUAGCUGCUAACAAAGAGAGGCGGAAGUGAUGAAAACACAUCGCUAAGCAGAGAUCAAGUGUGAGUGUAAAGUGUUGUGAUUGUGUGAAAAUGUGCGAAAGAACCAUAGCAGAGUACGAGGAGGAACUUUGUCCAACAAAAGAGGAGAAGGAGCGACAACAUGAAAAACAUCAAGUUGUGUUACACACAACAGACAUCCAUCAGCUGAUUGGACACCAAGAAGAAUGUCUCCCUCAUCUGCAGGGGGACAGUUUCACUUUAGAGGAUACACAACCCUCACACUUUAAAGGGGACGAGGAGGAUCCACAUUCCCCUUAUUGUAAAGAGGAAGAGGAGGGAGAGUUUCCUGUAGGGCAGGAGGAGGCUGAUGUCAGCAAGUUUCCACUGACUGUUGUCUCUGUGAAGACUGAAGAGCAUGAAGACAAAGCACCUGAGUCCUCACAGCUUCAUCACAGUCCAAACGUCUGUGAAGAACAUCUUCUCUCUGAGCAACACAAGUGGAGCUUCAGGAUGGACAAGGAGGAGCCACAGCCCUUCCACAUUAAGGAGGAAGAAGAGGCGCCACACCCAUUGCAAAUGCAAAGGGAAGAAAAUAACCCACUGACCUCCCAGGAAGAAGAUGAACACAGCAUCAGUCAAGAAUGGUUGGAGGAGUUCCAUGUGAUUGUGAAGAGUGAAGAUGAUGAGGUCAAAGGUGAGAGUGAGGAGAAGAGAGAGGCGGAGCCUCCAAGCAGCAGCUCAACUCAACACAUGACAACAGAAGCUGAUGGAGACCACUGUGGAGGAUCACAAGCAGACAAGCUCUUAGCUCCACUAUCAGAUAGUGAGGACACAACGUCACACUCUCCUGACACUGAUGAUGAACACUCUAAAGAUGAUGCAACAUGUCACACUGACAACACACACUUCACAUGUUCUCACUGUGACAAAACUUUUAAAUACCAUUGUCGUCUAAAAACACACAUGAGAACACACACUGGAGAAAAACCUUUUUCAUGUUCAAUCUGUAGUAAAGGGUUUGUUCUAAGUGAACAGUUGAAAGUACACAUGAGAAUACACACUGGAGAGAAACCUUUUUCCUGCUCAGAAUGUGGUAGAGAUUUUAGACUAAAACACAUGCUGAAAGUACACAUGAGAAUCCAUACUGGAGAAAAACCUUUUUCAUGUUCAAUCUGCAGUAAAUAUUUUACCCGAAGGCACCACUUAGAAACACACAUGAGAACACACACUGGAGAAAAACCCUUUUCAUGUUCAAUCUGCAGUAAAGAUUUUACUCAAAGUCAAUAUUUGAAAACACACAUGAGAAUACACACUGGAGAAAAACCCUUUUCAUGUUCAAUCUGCGGUAAAGAUUGUACUCAAAGGCAAUAUUUGAAAACACACAUGAGAAUACACACUGGAGAAAAACCUUUUUCUUGCUCAGAAUGUGGUAAAAGUUUUGUAAUGAAUCAAAGUUUAAAAAUACACAUGAGAACACACACUGGAGAAAAACCUUUUUCAUGUUCAAUCUGCGGUAAAGAUUUUACUCGAAGGGACCAUUUCAAAGCACACAUGAAAAUACACACUGGAAAAAAACCUUUUUCCUGCUCAGAAUGUGGUAAAAGUUUUGUAAUAAAUCAAAGUUUAAAGGCACACAUGAUAAUACACACUGGAGAAAAACCUUUUUCCUGCUCAGAAUGUGGUAAAAGUUUUGUAACAAAUACAAAUUUAAAAACACACAAGAGAACACACACUGGUGAAAAACCUUUUAUAUGUUCAGUAUGUGGUAAAAGUUUUAUAGAAAGACGGCAAUUAAAAUCACACAUGAGAACGCACUCUGGUAAAAAACCAUACUCCUGUUCAAGCUGCAACAAAAGCUUUCGUCACCUAAACACUCUUACAGUACACAUGAGAACACACACAGGAGAGAAAGUGUUGAGUUGCAGUGUGUGUGGUGAAAGAUUCUCUUAUAAGUACCAGUGUAAGAAACACAAGUGUGCUGGUGAGAACAGCAGCAGCAAAUGAAGAACUUUAACUUUGACUUUCUAACAACAUCAGCACAUAUAACAUGUGUGACAUCAUUGUUGUGUGUGUAACACAAUCUUGUUAUUAUGCUUAUAACAUAUAGAGUGAAUACUUCAGAUUAGUGCUUUUAUUUUAGUCAGGUACAUUAGUUAAUAUACACAUUUGUGUACCGUACUUUAAAAUGAACAGAACAAUUUUGACUGGAAAGAUGAGAAUAAACAGUACAGAAAAUAUGUUACAGUAGACCUUUUAUGUGUAGAUAGUCAUAAUUCACUUUCAUACUUAAUCAUAAUAGUGAUUUUGUAUAGGUUUUUCAAAAUAAUCAACUGUUACAUAUUUUAUUUUCUAAUUCUAGUUGAUUCCAUAGAUGAACUCCUUUAUAUGAUGUACAUAUUUGUUUUACAUGUGUUCAUACCUUUGCUUUUGAGUACUCAUAAAUCCCUCUUAGUUCAUAUUUACUGGUUCACAUCUGAAACAUCUUCUGGAUCACUUUUGGAAGCAUAUUAUUAUUUACUUUAUACAAACCCCGUUUCCAUAUGAGUUGGGAAAUUAUGUUAGAUGUAAAUAUAAACGGAAUACAAUGAUUUGCAAAUCUUUUUCAACCCAUAUUCAAUUGAAUCCACUACAAGGACAAGAUAUUUGAUGUUCAAACUCAUAAGCUUUUUUUUUUUUUUUGCAAAUAAUAAUUAACUUAGAAUUUCAUGGCUGCAACACGUGCCAAAGUAGCUACAUCACCUUUUCUUUUAACAACACUCAAUAAACGAUUGGGAACUGCGGAAACUAAUUGUUGAAGCUUUGAAAGUGGAAUUAUUUCCCAUUCUUGUUUUAUGUAGAGCUUCAGUCAUUCAACAGUCUGGGGUCUCCGCUGUCGUAUUUUACGCUUCAUAAUGCGCCACACAUUUUCGAUGGGAGACAGGUCUGGACUGCAGGCGGCCCAGGAAAGUACCCGCACUCUUUUUUUUACAAAACCACGCUGUUGUAACACAUGCUGAAUGUGGCUUGGCAUUGUCUUGCUGAAAUAAGCAGGGGAGUCCAUGAAAAAGACACCACUUAGAUGGCAACAUAUGUUGCUCCAAAAGCUGUAUGUACCUUUCAGCAUUAAUGGUGCCUUCACAGAUGUGUAAGUUACUCAUGCCUUGGGCACUAAUGCACCCCCAUACCAUCACACAUGCUGCCUUUUACACUUUGCGUCGAUAACAGUCUGGAUGGUUCGCUUCCCCUUUGGUCCGGAUGACACAAUGUCAAAUAUUUCCAAAAACAAUUUGAAAUGUGGACUCGUCAGACCACAGAACACUUUUCCACUUUGCAUGAGUCCAUCUUAGAUGAUCUCGGGCCCAG